UAAGCAGCAUGGAACCAAAUAGUGGGGACGGAUCAACAAAAAGUAUAAGGUAUAGACAUGCUGGCGAUUUAACUGGAGAACCACAUACCAGAGAGUUCGCUGAAGUCACAAUCCCGGUGCCUUGGGGCCAUUUGGCUGGCAAAUGGUAUGGCCCACAAGAUGUUCAACCCAUAUUGGGUUUACAUGGCUGGCAAGAUAAUGCUGGUACAUUUGAUUUGCUCGUUCCCCUACUGCCACCAGAUGUUGCCUUUCUUUCAGUCGAUUUGCCCGGUCAUGGAUUAUCAUCUCGUCUGCCGGAUGGUUGUUAUUACAAUACCAUUGACAAUCUGUAUGUGAUACGUGUGAUCAUGAAACAAUACAAAUGGGAAAAACUAUCGCUGAUUGGCCAUUCAAUGUCUUCGAUAAUUGGUUUUGUAUUUGCUGCCGUUUUCCCCGAUAAAGUUGAUAUGUUUAUUGGCAUUGAUGCUCUGAAACCCCAUCAAAGACCAUUCCCAAGCGUCAUUCGCACAAUGGAAACACGUAUGGAUGAGUUUUUACGUGAAGAUGAACGUAAUCGUAAUAAAAGUGAACCACCCAGCUAUACUUACAAUGAACUAAUCGAACGUAUCUACGUUGGAACAUUCCAUUCGGUCAACAAAGAUCUCUGCAAACAUAUGUUGGCUCGCAAUAUACAAAAAUCCGAAAAAUAUCCUGACAAAUAUUUCUUUACACGUGACAGACGUUUGAAGUUCUAUAAUUAUGCUGUUGGUUCUCAAGAGUUGUGUGUGGAAAUGGCCAGACGUAUAACGUGUCCAUAUCUUUUCAUAAAAGCUCGCAAUUCGUCAUAUUUUGAAGAUAAAAAAUAUUACGACGAAGUUAUGGAUGUACUGAAGACAAAACCGAAUUUUGAAUAUUUUGAAGGUGAAGGUACCCAUCAUUUGCACAUGAAUAAUCCGGAGGGAAUUAUUGGACCCAUUGUUGAUUUUAUUAAUCGUUUUGGACCGGUGGCACGAGCAAAGCAGGCAAAGGCCGCUAAACAAGCACAAGCCGAUAAAGAAAGUAAACUUUAGAAUGUAUGGCUACUUUGAUAAAG